AUGACUAUUCCAGACGAAGCCGUAGAUGGCCUGGCUCUGCAUAACCGUCCAUUAUUGCCUGCAACUUCGUCUUCCCAUUCGGAUUUUUUACAUGACUAUGCUGAGAUUUAUACACCUUCUCGUGAAGAAGAUAAACUUCCAUUGUGGCUUGCCAACAAUAAAGAUGGCAUGGACGACACAGGAGGUUCAAAGCGCGUCAGCUGUGAUACGAGCAUUAUUGAUACAUGCAUGCCUAAACCACCUACCCCACCAUUGCAUCGAUUUCCUAGCUGGGAGGCAAAAAUUUAUCAGUUGGCGAGCGACGGUCUUAAACAAUGGGAUGGUGAUGCUACUGAGAGUGAUAGUCAUGGAGUUAAUUUAUCUAGUGGAUAUUGUGAUAUAAGUGUGCCUGUUUAUGCAACUGUUAAAGGGAGAGCCAGCCAAAUUCGUUCCAUGCCUUUUACCGGCGAUUCAUCUGACGACAGCAGCGAAGGAGAGGAUGGAGGUGGCAACUUACUACAACAGGGAAGUGCAUCUUUGGGAUUACUUCAACAUACCAGUAAUACCCUUGGGCAUCAUAGUAGUCUACCCCCUUCUAGUCACCAAUCCUCUGACAGUUCUGUUUCGGGUUCAAGUCCUUCCAAAAGUGCGAAAAACGGUCAAAAUUUGUCGCCUGCCAAAAACAAACCCAGAGUGGUUUCAGACACGUCAUUCGAGUCCGGCUUAUCUGAUGACUAUGCAAUACCACCCGACGCCUUGUCCUAUGAUGCUACCACUUGCGAUGCCUCCAUGCCUUCUUUAUUAGUCAGGGCUUCUUAUGCAGAUAGUCCAAGGAGGACCGAAUCUUUAGAAAAGAUUGGACAUCUUACGAAGCUUGGAGGAAAAUUGAAGACAUGGCGUAAGCGAUGGUUUGUGCUGAAGAAUGGUGCUUUGAUAUAUUGGAAAUCGCAGCACGAUGUAAACAGAAAACCUCAAGGACAAAUAAUUUUGGAUGACAGUUGUAGAAUAACAAGACAAGAUGGAGCAGUACAUUUGAAAUUAAUACAGGGAAAAAAUAUAUUAUUGACUGCAGAUUCUAUUUCUACGAUGGAAGAGUGGGUUAGAAUAUUACAGGUAACAAAAUGUACAAAGAAAAAUGCGGCCAGGCUUCUGCUUAGCAAGGAGGAUCAGAAACCAACAGUUCAAGGAUGGUUGACGAAAGUUAAAAAUGGUCAUGCCAAGAAAUGCUGGUUGUUCAUUAAUGGGCAAAAUGUUUUUAUAUUUAAGACGCCUAAUGAUACUAAUCCUAUGGGGCAAAUAAACAUGCGCGACGCGCGAGUUGAAGAAGUUGAGCAUAUUUCUGACUCCGAUUCUGAAGAAAGAGAAGAACAUGGUGGCACUUCACAAGCCAGGCUGACAGUGUCUAUAUACCCUGAGCAUCAGGGUCCGACGUAUUUAAUUCUACCGAAUAAACAAGAACGGGAUAAUUGGUUAUAUCAUCUCACCAUUGUUAGUGGCGCUGGGUCUAAUUCUGGAAUGUAUGAGCAACUAGUUCAGAAACUUAUGGAAACUGAUGGAAAUCCUGCAUGUGAAAUUUGGCGGCAUCCUCACCUCUUACAUACGAAAGACAAUAUUCAUUCGCCUUUGACAACCUUGCAUUCAGAGGGACUGCAGGCAGAAGCAAUUAAGCUAUUUAAGUGUUGCCAGCUAUUUUCAUCGGCUGCUAUGGAACAAGCAGGAAUUGAUUAUCAUGUGGUGCUUGCACAAAAUGCUUUGCAGCAGUGCCUUGACGCGCCCGAACUGCAAGCGGAGCUGAUAUGCGCUCUGGUUAAGCAGACGUCCAGACAUUUGUCGCACAACGCCACACAUUCGACUGGUUCUUCAGCUACCGCGUCACUUACUAAACCUGCCAGGCAACUGCUCUUGUGCGCCACGCAAACGCUGUUUACAUGUGAUACGCAUGGUGUGCAGAAUGCGCACGCUAGCGUCGAUAAUGGUUCGCCUACUAACUCCAUACAGACACCAGCAAUUCCAUCAACACCGGCAUGUUGUAAAAGCAAUCCUCCGACUUACAGCUUCAUCCAGUGUUGGCAACUUCUAGCUUUGGCCGUAAGCUUAUUUACACCUCGAAAUAGCCGUUUGUUAUGGUAUCUUAAGUUACAUUUAUCACGCAACUCUUGCGAGACAAAAACAGAAUGUGGCAAAUACGCGGCCUAUUGUGAAAGGGCUUUGGAGAGAACUAUACAAAAUGGUGGAAGGGAGUUAAAACCGUCACGAAUGGAAGUCUUGAGUAUACUUUUGAAGAAUCCUUACCACCACUCUUUACCUCACUCUAUACCAGUUCAUAUGGCCAAUGGUGCUUAUCAAGUCGUCGGUUUUGAUGGUUCUACAACUAUCGAAGAAUUUUUAAGGACGUUGAGCCAGGAGAUAGCUUGCAGAGAUAGCUCAGCUAAUGGUUUUACAUUAUUUAGUGACGAUCCAAUUGAAAAGGAUUUGGAAAACUUUAUUGAACCAGCAUCCAAGCUAUGCGAUGUAAUAUCAAGAUGGGAAACAGCGCUUCGAGAAAAAGGCUCUGGUAAAUUUGAAAAUUCUCGAGUAAUCCAAUUAACCUACAAGAACCGUCUUUACUGGAAACAUUCAGCCCGCAUGGAAACAGAUAAGGAACGUUUGUUAAUGUGCUACCAGGUUAAUCAGCAAAUUGUGGCCGGUCGUUUCCCAUUGAGCAGAGAACUAGCUAUAGAGAUGGCUUCUUUGAUGGCACAGAUUGAUCUGGGUGACCGUUCUCGGGUCUCUGGUAAUACAUGUAUUCCCAUUGACAAAUUUUAUCCUUAUCGCUACAGAGAUUCUCUGUCUAGCGAAGGCUUACGGGAUCUUCAAGAACUCAUUGGAAGUAAGUGGUUUGCUUUGAAAGGCAGAAGUGCUAUGGAUUGUGUGAGAAUCUAUUUAACUUGCGCCAGAAAGUGGCCUCUAUUUGGGGCAAGCAUGUUUCAGGCUAGGCUUAAAUUUGGUGAUAGAAAUACUGCAUGGUUGGCAGUAGCCGAAGACAGCGUCUCUGUUCUAGAAUUGACAUCAAUGGCAGUCGUAUCCAAAUUUGCUUACAGCAGUGUCAUAACAUUUGGAGGUUGCCAAGAUGAUUUCAUGUUAGUUGUUGGAUCUGAAGAUGGUUGCGGAGGGGAAGAAAAAAUGUUGUUUGUGAUGAGCAAACCAAAAGUUUUAGAAAUCACUUUGUUAAUAGCUGAUUACAUGAAUGCUGGUCAUGCUAUACCAGGGACUCCUCAGAUGAAUACUUUAACAAGAAAUGGAUCUAGAAGGUCUUUUAGACCUCUGGUUGUUGCUUCGACAUGCAAUAAUACACUGAGCACUCAUGGCCAACCUGAUAUCCUAAAAUCUACACCAGAUCAUCAAUGUAUGACAACUGAUUCGAAAAGAAGGAUUCACACUGAUUCCACAAUUGGCAAGAGAAUAACACCAGCAAUUCCAUCAACACCGGCAUGUUGUAAAAGCAAUCCUCCGACUUACAGCUUCAUCCAGUGUUGGCAACUUCUAGCUUUGGCCGUAAGCUUAUUUACACCUCGAAAUAGCCGUUUGUUAUGGUAUCUUAAGUUACAUUUAUCACGCAACUCUUGCGAGACAAAAACAGAAUGUGGCAAAUACGCGGCCUAUUGUGAAAGGGCUUUGGAGAGAACUAUACAAAAUGGUGGAAGGGAGUUAAAACCGUCACGAAUGGAAGUCUUGAGUAUACUUUUGAAGAAUCCUUACCACCACUCUUUACCUCACUCUAUACCAGUUCAUAUGGCCAAUGGUGCUUAUCAAGUCGUCGGUUUUGAUGGUUCUACAACUAUCGAAGAAUUUUUAAGGACGUUGAGCCAGGAGAUAGCUUGCAGAGAUAGCUCAGCUAAUGGUUUUACAUUAUUUAGUGACGAUCCAAUUGAAAAGGAUUUGGAAAACUUUAUUGAACCAGCAUCCAAGCUAUGCGAUGUAAUAUCAAGAUGGGAAACAGCGCUUCGAGAAAAAGGCUCUGGUAAAUUUGAAAAUUCUCGAGUAAUCCAAUUAACCUACAAGAACCGUCUUUACUGGAAACAUUCAGCCCGCAUGGAAACAGAUAAGGAACGUUUGUUAAUGUGCUACCAGGUUAAUCAGCAAAUUGUGGCCGGUCGUUUCCCAUUGAGCAGAGAACUAGCUAUAGAGAUGGCUUCUUUGAUGGCACAGAUUGAUCUGGGUGACCGUUCUCGGGUCUCUGGUAAUACAUGUAUUCCCAUUGACAAAUUUUAUCCUUAUCGCUACAGAGAUUCUCUGUCUAGCGAUGGCUUACGGGAUCUUCAAGAACUCAUUGGAAGUAAGUGGUUUGCUCUGAAAGGCAGAAGUGCUAUGGAUUGUGUGAGAAUCUAUUUAACUUGCGCCAGAAAGUGGCCUCUAUUUGGGGCAAGCAUGUUUCAGGCUAGGCUUAAAUUUGGUGAUAGAAAUACUGCAUGGUUGGCUGUAGCCGAAGACAGCGUCUCUGUUUUGGAAUUGACAUCAAUGGCAGUCGUAUCCAAAUUUGCUUACAGCAGUGUCAUAACAUUUGGAGGUUGCCAGGAUGAUUUCAUGUUAGUUGUUGGAUCUGAAGAUGGUUGCGGAGGGGAAGAAAAAAUGUUGUUUGUGAUGAGCAAACCAAAAGUUUUAGAAAUCACUUUGUUAAUAGCUGAUUACAUGAAUGCGCUGGGUCAUGCUAUACCAGGGACUCCUCAGAUGAAUACUUUAACAAGAAAUGGAUCUAGAAGGUCUUUUAGACCUCUGGUUGUUGCUUCGACAUGCAAUAAUACACUGAGCACUCAUGGCCAACCUGAUAUCCUAAAAUCUACACCAGAUCAUCAAUGUAUGACAACUGAUUCGAAAAGAAGGAUUCACACUGAUUCUACAAUGGCAAGAGAAUAG